AUGCAAUUCAAUCGAUUCUCUACGAAUAGUUUCUCGACUAGUCGACCAUUGCAGCGUUGUAGAGACGGUCACGAGUGUCAAUUACUGUACAAUGGCUCCACUGAACACAAGUCACUCUAUAGUCACCCGUGUCGAUGGUCAGAAUUAUGUCGCGAAAAAAAUAAUAAUGAUAGUGAACACGUACGACUCUUCACACAUGAUCCACAUCAAGUGCCCUUAUGCAAAUUUGGUCCUGACGAUUGUAGUAAACUAACGGAUGUAGAACAUCGACAUAGUUAUCGACAUGAAGGGUUACCAGAUUUUCUCAUACCAUGUCGAUUUAAAGAUCGAUGCCGAGACCGCUCGACGGAACAUGCACACACAUUCGCACAUCCAAGUGGUUCUUAUCAUGAAACUCAAAGUUUUAGAACUACGAAUAAUUCAAGGGAUAAUAGCAAUGGUCGGUUUGCUUUUAAUCAAACACCUUGCAAAUACGGUGAUGAAUGCUACAAGCAGUCAGAUCCAGAACAUUGUAGUCGGUAUUCUCAUCCUUUAUCGAGAGAUCCUUUGUCGCAAACGCCUCGCAGUUCAACGAAAUCAUUCUCGCCAAAUACACAAUCAACACCAACGGAUAACUUCAAUAGUCGAGCGGUGCCUUUAUCCACAAAUCAUUUAACGUCUCGUCUACCACCUAGAUCAACGAAUAACUUAACUUCACUCUCACCAACUGCAUCAGCUGAUAAUUCGAACACUCGAGAAGCUUCUACAACUGUACGUCGAUCUAAUAUUCAUCUUUGCGGAAGUGGUAAUGAUAUGGAACGAGCGUAUCGCAUUGGAGGUGCACUAGCCAUGGAAACAUUGAGUAAAUCUGAUCAGCAAGCUAUUCAAAAUAUGCCUGAUGAUGCAGUUAUUGUUGUGCCAGGUUCAUAUGAUCACAUCGAUCGUGUCUUGAAGAGUUUAAAUAUUAAAUAUAUAACUGUUGAAGCGACGAACUUACUAACUCAUCCGAUUCGACUUGAUCAAACCGUCUACAUAAAUUGCUCCUCCAGUUUUCCGAUUGAUGCAGCGAGACGACUUCGACAACUAGUCGAGCAAGGUCUUCAUAUUAUAACUACCGAUUGGGCUUUGGCUCAUGUCCACAAUGUUGCCUUUUCGGACUUUAUUCAACAUAACGGGUUAAGCACAGCAGAUGAAGUCGUAGGUAUAGAAGUCGCUGACCCAAAGCAUCCAUUGGUGAGCGGCUUUCUAUCUGCAUCUCAGCAUGCUCUGCCUCAGUGGUGGCUAGAAACUGGUUCUCAUCCUAUUCGAAUCGUGAACGAAGAUAAAGUACGUGUACUCAUUCGAUCCGCAACCUUGGGUGAGAAAUAUCGUUCAGACGCUGUUCUUGUCACGUUUGACUGCGGUAAAGGAAAUGUUAUACAUAUGGUUUCUCAUUUCUAUUUACAACGUUCUGAAACACGUGACCAGCGUCACCAGAUGCCGGCAAAACAGUAUGCAAUGGAUAUAAAAGCUUCGACUGGUGCGACAAAUCUUGUUGCGAGCCAAGGUCAACAUUUAAACUAUGCUCAAAUUCAAUCAUCAUCGACAUCAGCACAGUUUAUCUAUAAUCAACUGUCAACCCGUCUGAAUUCCAAAAAAUAA